AUGCUGGAUACGUCUCAGCAGCAAUCACAACAAGGUAAUGCUUCAGGCGACGCUAAUGCUACCACCAACGUAGAGGACUCCCAGAAACCAACGCGCAAACGUCUGCGAAUCGACAUGGACGCAACCGCGGACACGUCCGUCCGCAAGCGCGGCAAGUCGAUGUUCGGACUCGUCCUAGGUACACUGAACAAGGCAAAGGAUGAGGAUCGGGCGCGUAACAAUAGCGAGGCGGCCAAAAAGCGGCAGCUCAUUGAGCAGCGGCUGCAAGAGAAGCUACGUAAGGAGACAGAUAAUGUCCGCCGCGCAGAGGAAGCUAAGAAAGACAAGACAAUUGCAAACCGCAAGGAGGAGGACCUCCAACUGAGGGAUUCAAUCCACAAACUACGCCGCACACGCCACCCCAUCCUCGCCCACUUCCUCCUUACGUCCGACGUCAUCCCCGACGUACCGCCUGCUUCCCGCUCACCAUCGCCUUCCCACGACCCAGACGCCCCUCCAUCCUCAGAUUUGCAUUCUGCAAAUGGCAAGGAUACCAUCCUCUUAGGCCCUCAGCGGUCACACCCGCCACCUUUAUAUUAUCUCCCUGCGGUUCUCACUCCCGCACAAGAAGCGUUCAUCAAGAGACGGAAGGAGAAGGUCACAAUCGCCGCAGAGGCAGAAUGGACCUCGUUCGUGUCCGAACGCGCAGCUGGUAUCACCGAGAUCGCGGGCCUACGUGAGCGCGUCGCGGAGGAGGAUGCGCGUACACGGUCUGCUCGCAAAGAGGGCGAGGGCGCGAAGGCGACGUCAGCACAGAACGGCACGGCAGGCGGAGAACAGAGCGAGGAUGUGAAGAUGGAGGCGUCGGAGGACGCGAAGCCGGAGGCACAGGAAGAUGUGAAGACGGAGGCAAAAGAGACUGCGCCAGGCACCGCGGCACAUGUGCCGAUGCAGGCAGACGACGACGACGCGGUUGAAUACUAG